AGGGCUGCUGUGGUUCCUGGCCAGUAGUUACUCCUUGGCAGUAAGGAACCAGUGGUGGUGAUUGUCAGGGGCCAGCACACUGCCCUAGCACCUGCGUGGGAUGAGCUGGCUGCUGCCCCCUGCCGCGCUCGCACUCAUGGGGCUGCUCUUCGCCAGGACCAUGGCCUGGACCUCCAGCGGAAAGACUCACCCCGAGCUCGUCAACAACCUCUACAAGAAAGGGAUCAUUAAAUCCCAGCGAGUGUUUGACGUGCUGUUGGCUACUGACAGAGGCCACUACAUCAAGCAUUUCCCCUACAUGGAUUCUCCUCAGUCUAUCGGAUACAAGGCUACCAUCAGCGCCCCACACAUGCAUGCCCACGCUCUGGAGCUGCUGAAGGACCAGCUUGUGGAAGGUGCCAAAGCGCUGGAUGUUGGCUCGGGGAGCGGCUACCUCACAGCUUGCUUUGCCAGGAUGAUGGGCCCAACAGGGAAGGCUGUGGGCAUAGAGCACAUUAAAGAGCUGGUACACGAGUCCAUCAGAAACGUCCAAGCAGAUGACCCAGCUUUGCUGAGCUCUGGCCGUGUGAAGCUCGUGGUGGGAGACGGCCGGCAGGGGUACCCCGAAGAGGCUCCUUACGAUGCCAUUCACGUUGGAGCAGCAGCAGCAACCGUCCCAAAGGAGCUGCUGAACGAGCUGAAGCCAGGAGGGAGGUUAAUUCUGCCCGUGGGUCCCGAAGGAGCCAACCAGGUCCUGAUGCAGUACGACAAAACCAGCGACGGGCAGAUCGUGGAAACGCAGCUCAUGGGCGUCAUCUACGUUCCUCUGACAGAUAAGGAAAAGCAGUGGCCUCGGGAUGAAUUCUGACGGAUGGAUGGAUCUCUCUAAGGUGACCUGAGAAAGCUCAUGAGUGGGACUUAUGACUGUAGAUGGUCUGUAUGGUUGUGAACAGAGGCUUUACCAGCAGAGGUGCUUGCGGAGGCAAGUUCUGCUUCGGCAGAGCUCGUAGCAGAGGGAUGGGGAACAGGGUGUUUGUCCAGCAGCAGGAGCAGGGGGAGCUCUCAGAGGCCAUGGCCGCUUCCAGACAGCGAGUGGAUCCUGGUAACUCAGCUGUUAUCUCUGACAAGCUAUAGAUAACAUCUAUUCACAGAGAAUUCCAAAAGCAGACAGGAACACUUGAACCUUCACUAAAAAUACUUUUUGACUACUCUGCCUAAUGCUUGAAGAAAAUAAGAUGCAAUUACUGUAUCAAGGCA